AUGGAAGUCAAAACAUCAUUUAGCAAAGCCAGUAGGAUUCCUGAAACUGUAUCCACAUUAAUUAAUGAAGACUUCGUCCUGGUUCAUCAGCAAUCUGAGGACACCUCUAGAAAAGAUGAAAAGCCUCAGCUGAAGGUAUUUUCAAAUGAAGAUGGUCAGCUGGAGAAGGCAAUGGAAGAGAUAUUGAGAGAUUCUGAAAAAGACCAGAACAGUUUCAGUGCUCUCCAAGAAGGUUUAGGUGAUGCAGGCAGCCAGGCAGCAGGUCAAACAAAUCAGCCAUCUUUGCACCUUGUUUUAGACCCUUCUACUACAGAAAUCUCUGCUCCACAACCAUCUUCUCCCCAGGAGCCCCUGGAAGAGGACAGUGUGUUGUUCAACAAACUGACUUACUUAGGUUUCACCAAGGUGUCUGCCCCUCGAAAUGAACUGGAAGCUCUACAUGCUAUGGCAAACCUGAGAUCCUCAAGUCAAGCCCCUUUACCUGUAACACUUUAUGUUCCAAACAUUCCAGAAGGCUCUGUAAGAAUAAUCAAUCAAUCAAACAACAUAGAGAUAGCCUCUUUCCCAAUCUACAAGGUGUUGUUUUGUGUGCGUGGACAAAAUGGGACUUCAGAGAGCGACUGUUUUGCAUUUACUGAAAGCAGCUGUGGAACAGAAGAGUUCCAGAUCCAUGUGUUCUCCUGUGAGAUUAAAGAGGCAGUCAGCCGAAUUUUAUACAGCUUCUCAACGGCAUUCAAGCGAUCUUCCAAACAGGCAUCUGAGCAUGUUAAGGACUUUGUUCUUCCUACUCCAGAUAGUGAUGUGUACACUUUCAGUGUUUCCUUAGAAGUCAAAGAAGAUGAUGGAAAAGGAAACUUUAGCCCUGUGCCAAAAGAUAGAGAUAAAUUGUAUUUCAAGCUUAAACAGGGAAUAGAGAAGAAGGUGGUGAUUACAGUUCAGCAGCUCUCAAACAAAGAAUUGGCCAUUGAAAGAUGCUUUGGGAUGCUUCUGAGCCCUGGAAGAAAUGUGAAGAACAGUGACAUGCAUUUACUAGACAUGGAAUCCAUGGGAAAGAGUUCUGAUGGGAAGGCUUAUGUAAUUACUGGAAUGUGGAAUCCUAAUGCACCCAUGUUUCUGGUACUUAAUGAGGAAACCCCUAAAGAUAAGCGUGUGUUCAUGACUGUGGCAGUGGAUAUGGUGGUCACUGAGGUGGUGGAGCCAGUCCGGUUCCUGCUGGAGACCCUGGUGCGCGUGUAUCCUGCCAACGAACGCUUCUGGUACUUCAGCAGAAAAACCUUCUCGGAAACUUUUUACAUGAAGCUAAAGCAGUCUGAAGGAAAAAGCCACACAAGUGCUGGGGAUGCAAUUUACGAAGUUGUCAGCCUACAAAGAGAGUCUGCAAAAGAAGAAGAAUUGGUCAGUCCAACAAGUGGAGGAGGGCCUACAUCAUCCCAGGAGGAUGAGGCAGAAGAAGAGAGUGAUAAUGAGCUCUCCAGUGGCACUGGUGAUGUGUCAAAGGAUUGUCCUGAGAAGAUUUUGUAUUCCUGGGGAGAAUUACUGGGGAGAUGGCACAACAAUCUUGUGGUGAGACCAAAUGGAUUAUCUACACUGGUGAAAAGUGGUGUGCCAGAAGCACUAAGGGCAGAGGUUUGGCAGCUGCUGGCAGGAUGCCAUGACAACCAGGCAAUGCUGGAUAAAUACAGAGUUCUCAUCACAAUGGAUUCUGCUCAAGAGAGUGUCAUUACUCGAGAUAUUCAUCGUACUUUUCCAGCACAUGAUUAUUUCAAAGAUACAGAAGGAGAUGGUCAAGAAUCUCUGUACAAAAUCUGUAAGGCAUACUCUGUCUAUGAUGAAGACAUUGGCUACUGCCAGGGACAGUCUUUCCUUGCAGCUGUGCUUCUACUUCAUAUGCCGGAGGAGCAGGCAUUCUGUGUAUUUGUGAAAAUAAUGUAUGACUAUGGCUUGAGGGACCUCUACAGAAAUAACUUCGAAGAUCUCCAUUGCAAAUUUUUCCAGCUCGAGAAGUUAAUGCAGGAGCAGUUACCAGACUUGCACAGCCAUUUCUCAGACCUCAAUUUGGAAGCUCAUAUGUAUGCGUCCCAGUGGUUCCUCACUCUUUUUACUGCCAAGUUUCCACUCUGCAUGGUCUUCCACAUCAUUGACUUACUACUUUGUGAGGGUAUGAACAUAAUCUUCCAUGUAGCCUUGGCUCUCUUAAAGACCUCAAAAGAGGACCUUCUACAAGCUGAUUUUGAAGGAGCUUUAAAAUUCUUCAGGGUUCAGUUGCCCAAGAGGUACAGAGCUGAAGAGAACGCCAGAAGACUGAUGGAACAAGCUUGCAACAUCAAGGUGCCAACAAAAAAGCUGAAGAAAUAUGAGAGAGAGUACCAGACCAUGCGAGAGAGUCAGCUGCAGCAGGAAGAUCCUAUGGACAGAUACAAGAGGGAGAACCGCAGGCUCCAAGAAGCAAGCAUGAGGCUGGAGCAGGAGAACGAUGACCUUGCCCAUGAGCUUGUAACAAGCAAAAUUGCCUUACGGAAUGACCUGGACCAGGCUGAAGACAAGGCAGAUGUUUUGAACAAGGAACUUCUCCUGACUAAGCAGAAGCUAGUGGAGACUGAGGAGGAGAAACGGAAGCAGGAAGAAGAAACUGCUCAGCUGAAGGAAGUCUUCAGGAAGCAGCUUGAGAAGGCAGAAUCUGAGAUCAAGAAAACCACAGCCAUUAUUGCAGAGUACAAACAGAUUUGUUCCCAGCUGAGUACCAGGCUGGAAAAGCAACAAGUGGCCAGUAAAGAUGAGCUGGAAGUCGUGAAGGGCAAAGUGAUGGCUUGCAAACACUGCAGUGAGAUUUUCAGCAAGGAGGGGGCACUGAAGCUGCCUGCUGUAAGCACAGAGAAUAAAGGCAUCGAAAGAGAUGAUGAGAAGGAUGCACUGAAGAAGCAGCUGAGAGAGAUGGAGCUGGAACUUGCACAGACCAAACUGCAGCUUGUGGAAGCCAAGUGCAAAAUUCAGGAGCUGGAGCACCAGAGAGGAGCCCUUAUGAAUGAGAUCCAAGCUGCCAAAAACUCUUGGUUUAGCAAAACCCUGAACUCUAUCAAAACGGCCACAGGCACGCAGCCACUGCAGCAGCCUCAGCCGGCCCUGCCACCCAGAGAGGGCAGCACAUAG